CUCACUUUGGCGGUACUCCGCGUAAACCGUGCUUUUGGAUUUUCUUUUACUUCUCCUCGCUUUCCUCUGUCUGUUUGAAAAAGAAAAGAAGGCAGCAGAUUGAAAGCGAAGAAACCUCCGUUUACUCCCUCUUCUCUUGCAUUUCUCUUUCCCUUUUCACGCUUCUACUCUUUACUCUGCUCUACUUUACUCUUAUCUCACAAUCCUCUCUCUUUUUUAUCACCCAAACCCUAAUUUUACGAGGUGAAGAUUGCUCCACACUUGCCCAGAUCGUCUUCAAACUGAUUUUGGACGUUUUCUGAUUUCAAUAUUUCUCGAUUUAGUCUCAGAUCGCUUCUACUGCACUUCCACAAAAGUUGGGUGUGCAGUGUUAGUUCUGUGGCAUCAUCAAGAAGUUUCUGCCAGGCUUUCUUUUCAAUCAUGGCUGGUGAAUCCAAGGCAAACCUUUCCAAUGGCAAUGCCAAUAUACAGCCUGCUCCACAAAGAACUUAUCAAGUUGUUGUGGCUGCAACUAGGGAUAUGGGUAUCGGAAAGGAUGGCAAGCUACCAUGGAGGUUACCUUCUGAUCUCAAGUUCUUCAAGGAUGUUACUCUGACUACUUCUGAUUCUGGGAAAAAGAAUGCUGUUAUAAUGGGUAGAAAAACAUGGGAAAGUACGCUUGAGCAUCGACCUUUGCCUGGUCGACUUAAUGUUGUUCUGACUCGUUCUGGGAGUUUUGAUAUUGCUACUGCUGAGAAUGUUGUGAUGUGUGGAAGCCUGAGUUCUGCUUUGGAAUUAUUGGCUGCAUCUCCUUAUUGUCUGUCAAUUGAGAAAGUCUUUGUAAUAGGAGGUGGCCAAAUAUUAAGGGAAGCUCUCAAUGCACCUGGAUGUGAUGCUAUCCACAUUACAGAAAUUGAGACAAACAUUGAUUGCGAUACUUUUAUCCCAACAAUUGAUUCUACUGUCUUUCAACCUUGGUACUCAUCCUUUCCCAUGGUGGAAAACAGCAUACGAUAUUCCUUUGCAACAUAUGUUCGAGUGAGGAGUUCUGCAAUUGAAUCCCAUGGCCAAAAUAAUGGUCUGAGCCCUGAUAGUGGUUCAGAAAACAGUAAGCUUGAGGUAAAGAAGUUCUCUUUCCUUCCUAAGAUGGUUUUUGAGAGGCAUGAGGAGUUGUUGUAUCUUAGACUUGUUCAAGAUAUCAUCUCAGAUGGCAAUUUGAAGGAUGACAGAACUGGAACUGGUACUUUGUCAAAAUUUGGUUGCCAGAUGCGGUUCAAUCUUCGCAAAACUUUUCCACUUCUUACAACGAAGAAAGUAUUCUGGCGAGGGGUUGUCGAAGAACUCCUGUGGUUCAUUAGCGGUUCAACGAAUGCCAAGGUCCUUCAGGAUAAGGGCAUUCAUAUAUGGGAUGGCAAUGCAUCCAGAGAUUACCUUGAUAAUAUUGGGUUGAAGGACAGAGAGGAGGGUGACUUGGGACCUGUUUAUGGAUUCCAGUGGAGACACUUCGGAGCUAGGUAUACUAACAUGCAUGCUGACUACACUGGCCAAGGAUUUGAUCAGUUGUUAGAUGUUAUCGACAAGAUCAAGAAUAAUCCAGAUGAUCGCCGGAUUAUACUUUCAGCUUGGAAUCCUUCUGAUCUCAAAUUGAUGGCACUCCCUUGCCACAUGUUUGCUCAAUUCUAUGUAGCCAAUGGGGAAUUGUCCUGUCAAAUGUAUCAGCGAUCUGCUGACAUGGGCCUGGGUGUGCCAUUCAACAUUGCAUCUUAUGCCCUCCUUACAUGCAUGAUUGCUCACGUUUGUAAUCUUGCUCCGGGUGAUUUUGUCCAUGUGUUUGGGGAUGCUCAUGUUUAUAGCACUCAUGUUAGGCCUCUCCAGGAACAGCUUCAAAAACUGCCAAAACCGUUUCCGAUUUUGAAGAUUAAUCCUGAGAAGAAGAACAUAGAUUCUUUUAUGGCAGCUGAUUUCAAAUUGAUAGGUUAUGAUCCUCACCACAAAAUUGAAAUGAAAAUGGCAGUGUAAACCUCCUUUAAACGUUAGUGAACUCAAACAUUCUGGUUUGUCCUAGGCAAUAUUUGCUUGUAGUUUGAGGCAGGCACAACUAUUCAAGGCUUACCUUGUUCGGUGUUGGCAAGUAAAAUAAAAAUUUGGUAGUUGAAUAUACCUAUUUAGUGAGAAUCCUUUAGUUCCGCAGAGUUGGUGGUUCUAAGGUGAUUUAGGAUGUCAGUAUUUUCUUGCUGUACAAGCUUCAUUUUCCAUUAUCGCUUGGGAAAUAUCACUUUAUUACCACAAUUGCUAUAGUAUUGUUUUUGGAAUGGAUUGGAAUUUGGACCGGUGAACUUUCAUAUAUGACAGUAUUCUGUUUUAUUUCA